UAGCUCACACGCUCUCAGGCGCUAAUUAUAAACAUUUCGGGUUUUCAGUAUCUUAGUCUUUUUUCACCCAUAUUUUCACUGAUAUGAAAUCAAUCAAAAAAACGUAAUUAUGGUCUAGUUAGUGACCAGAGUAAAAUAUAGACAUUAAGGUCAAAUAUGCCUGAAAUGUCUUGCAAACAUGCGAACCAAUUCUUCACACAGAAGACAAAUGAAAUUGCAUACAAAAAUAUAAUUAACCAUCUUGCUUUCCCAAAGUCCAAGCGUGGAUUCACUCAUAAGGCUUCAUUAUGUUGCACUUUAUGCAAAACACGAGGUGAAGAUUUCGACGUCUGCAAUAAAGAUUUGAUAAGACCUAGAUGUUUACUCGCGUGUGCUCAUUGUAUUCAUUUCGCUUGUUGGGAUUAUCGUCAUAUAUAUUUACACAGAGAAGACCAUCCUGAUCAUUAUCUUUCUGUUUGUACGGAACGUGGUGAAUUAUUUUGUACUGGUUGUGGUGAUUUUGUUUACCAUUCUGUGGCUGAAAGUUUUCAUCAGUCUGCAUGUCGCACUUAUUUAGCUCAAUUUGGUUUAUCCAAUCGUUAUUGGAGACCAUCAUUCGAUGAAUUACGUCUAAUACCUCAUAUCACUCCAGUAUUACCCUUAACUGUAAAUGGCUGUUCUGGAGCUAUGCGCGGUCUUAUCAAUAUGGGCAAUACAUGUUUCUUAAAUGUUGUCAUACAAGCGUUGACGCAUACACCCGUUUUACGAGAUUAUUUAUUGGCUGAUUUACAUAGGUGUUCAAGUCCAACUCGAUCACGUAACUGUUUAGCUUGCGAAAUGGUUCGCAUUACACAAGAGUUAUAUAAACCCGUUGUUACUCCAUUCGUACCAAAUAAUCUACUGUAUGCAAUUUGGUUACAUGCAAGUCAUUUAGCUGGUUAUGAACAACGGGAUGCUCAUGAAUUUCUUAUAACAUUGUUAACUUUAAUACAUGGUCAUCUUGUUGGCGAGGAAUCACCACACGAUCACGAAGAGAAUUGUACAUUGACUGGACAAAAACUUAUCAAUGAUCAACAACCACGUUCUUCUAAUCCAAAUCGUAAUUUUACUAAUACAAAUCAUGAUUUACUACAUCCUCAUCAGCAUAAUAGUAAAGUGAUUAGAGAAACGCCGAAAAUAAUCAAUUCAACUGAAUGUAUUCCACAACCGGAUUCAAAUUCACAAGCAUCAUCAGUAUCGAGUUCUCGAGAAAGUUCCGAUUCUUGUGAUUGUAUUGUUCAUCAGGUGUUUUUUGGUGAUUUGGAAUCUGUCAUAUCAUAUGAAGGUUGUGAGCAUAGAUCAUCAACAGUAGAUCCAUUCUUAGAUCUUUCAUUAGAUGUAAUUCAACGUGGUUCUACUUCAUUGCAAGCAUGUCUUGGAUCCUAUUUUCGACCAGAAUUAAUUGAUGGUUUAAUAUGGUGUUCACAAUGUAAUAUUGGUCGACCGGCUGUUAAACAAUUCAGUUUACUUCAUUUACCUAAUGUUUUAUGCUUUUAUCUCAAGCGUUGUCAUCAUGAUACGAAAAUCAAUACAUCGAUCACAUUCCCUGUUGAAUUGGAUAUGGCUCCGUAUUUACAUCAAAUUGUCGGCGACCAAUCAGCUUGGUAUGAUAAAUAUUCUCUAUAUGCUGUAUUAAAUCAUAGUGGUCAAACUAAUUCUGGUCAUUACACAGCUUAUAUACGUGUUGGUCCUGGUGCUUGGUGUUUAUGUGAUGAUCAAAAAGUUGUAUCAGUUAAUUUAAAUGAUGUUUUACAUACAGAUGCAUAUGUAUUAUUGUAUCAUAAGAAUUUAUUAGCUGUACGCAUUUAAAUUUAUCUCUUCCCUUCCCUUUCCUUUCUUCCUUGUCUCUUCACUCCUCCUCUCUCUCUCUCUGUGUCUCUCUCUUGGAUAUUUCUCCAAUUUAUCCCCCCCCUUUCUACCAAAUUAUUUCCCUCCCCCUCUCUCAGAAAAAAGACAACAACAACAACAAAAAAAACAAAUAGAAAAUCGUAUUUCUCUUUUUUUUAUAGUGGAAAAUGUUUAUUUUUUUUACAAAAAAAAAGAAGAAAAGAAUGCAUUGUCUAUUGUUGUUAUUGUUUGUUUUUCUGUUUACUUUAUUCUUUGCUUAAUACUCGACUAUUACUAUUAUUAUUGUUACUAUUCUGUUUUUUAUAACUAGAGGGUAAUCGUAUUAGUAAUAGUAAUUUUUAACAACAACAACAACCAAUUGUCUUUCAUGGAUUGAUUCAAAAGCAAAUAAAUAAAGUGGUUACCUCUUCAAUUCUUAACUAUUCCACCACAGAUUUUAGAUUUUUGACACAAACGUCACUCACAUCCAAUUUGAUUAAAUAAAGUUUUGACAUGAUAGUUCAUGAUGAAAUCGCCUCUCAACUCCCUUUACCCCCCGGAAAAAAGAUCUAAUUUCUAAUGUUAACAAUCAAUUGUAUAUCAUAAUUCGAAUACUUCAUAUUGGUUUAUAACCUUCAUUUUGGUCCUGUUUAUUAAGUGGAUACUAUCAAGGUCAAUGUAGCAUCCUUCAAUGGUAUAUCCAUAAAUUAUAGUCUUACUGAUAGAUCUGUAUGUUUAGUAUUUUUCACUAUAUUUAUACAAACUUUUCUUCAAUUAUGAUUCUAGUUCUUCUUUGUUUUGUUUCUCAAUGUAUCUAUGUUUGUCUGUUUUACAAAAUGGUACAACAUUAUUCAUUAUUGUAUUAUCGAAAGUUGUAAGAAAUAUACGUAUAUGUUUAUUUGGUUAUGUGUGUA